AUACGCAUCGUACCGCUUUUUAUGGUAUGGUAUGUGGCACCGAUAAUGAUGAUGUCUCUAAUACCACAUAAGGAGAUAAGGUUCAUUUUCCCUAGCCUCCUGGCACUGACAAUAGUGGCGGCUUGUGGAGCUCAUCGGUGGGAUGAUGAUUAUCAUCAUAAUCGAUCAUUGGGGCGAGCGCGGUUGUCAUUAA